GAGGGGAGGCCGGAGUGUUUGACGGCGUUGCCUAGCAACAGGGGAGAGGAUGGAGCCCGGCGGCGAUGCUGUACCAGAGCAUGGCAAAAUUGCAGAUGAGGAGAAAGAGUUGGUUGCAGAAGAUGAAGCGCCAGAAGAAAGUAUUACCAAGGAGGAAGAUGCAGGAAAUGCUCCUGUGGCAGCUGUGGAGGAAGGGACAGAAGCCAUUCCUGCAAUGGCCACAGAGGAAGCAACAGGAGUUGCUUCUGCAACAGCCACAGAGGAAGAGGCAGCAGUUUCUCUUGAAGCAGCCAUGGAUGAAAGGGCAGGAGUUGCAUUUGCUAUGACCACAGAAGAAGAAGCAACAGUUCCUGUUGCAGCAGCCACAGAGGAAGAGGUAGAGGUUGCUCCUGCAAUGGCUAUGGGGGAAGAAGCAGUAGUUGUUGCUGCUGCUGCAGCCACAGAGGAAGGGGCAGAAGUUGUUCCUGCAAUGCCCACGGAGGAAGGGCCACCAGUUACCCCUUCAAUGCCUCCAGAAGAAGAGCCACCAGUUGCUCCUUCAAUGCCUACAGGAGAAGGAGCACCAGUUGUUUUUGCAAUGCCCACAGAGGAAGGACCAUCAGUUGUUCUUUCAGUACCUACGGAAGAAAGGCCACCAGUUGUUCCUUCAAUGCCUACAAGGGAAGGAGUGCCAGCUAUUCUUACAAUGCCCAUGGAGGAAGGGCCACCAGUUGUUCUUUCAGUACCCACGGAAGAAGGGCCACCAGUUGUUCCUUCAAUGCCUACAGGGGAAGGAGUACCAGCUAUUCUUACAAUGCCCAUGGAGGAAGGGCCACCAGUUGUUCCUGCAAUGUUUGGGGAAGAGAGAUUGGUGGGAAAGACCCUCAGCAUGCCAAUGCGAAACGUUUAUGAAUACAGAACAUCCCCCAUUGGGCAGGUCAGUGACACUGAAUGA